GUUGAGCAACCCUCCUUACCUCUUCCUCUUCCUUCUCUGCCCUGCCCUCUUCGACCACUCUUUUCAGCAAAGUACAACAAGACCUGAAGAGGAAAGGACGCGAUGGCAAACUCACUCAAAUCCCGCUCUCGGGCGCGCAUCUACACCGCCCACGACGUCUCCCUACACACGUCUCCUGUCAACUGUUGGGUCUCUCGCAAAGGGAGGGUAUACGACGUGACUUCAUUCGUUCCCGACCAUCCUGGAGGAGAGGACUUUAUCCUGCGUUAUGCGGGGAAGGACUUGGGGGAUGCGAUGGAUGAUGCGGAGGAGCACGUCCACUCGGAUUCGGCCUUUACAAUGUUGGACGAAUUCUGCAUCGGCAAACUUGGGACGGACGAGCUCAUCGUGAGCGAAGAUUGGGAGCCUGAGGAGGACUUCCAUCCGGAGGAUACAGAUACGAUGGACGAUUACGAGAAGACGCAGUUCUUGGACCUGAACAAGCCCCUCUUGGCACAGGUGUGGUUCAGCAACUUUAGCAAAUCCUUCUAUCUUCAACAAGUCCAUCAACCGAGGCACCUUCCCUACUCGGCACGCAUGUUCAAAUGGGAUAUCCUCGAAAUGUUUACCCUUACACCGUGGUAUGUCGUUCCUAUGGUCUGGCUCCCCAUUGCCGCGUACCUGCUACGCCUAUCGAUCAUGCAAUUCACCGACCCGACAGCGUACAACUGGCCGUCACAAGCUGUGCUAGCGGCGAGCGAACCUAAGCUCACCUGGCUUCCCCCGCCGAUCAAGGCUUUGCUGUGCUUUUUCGGGGGCAACUUUGUGUGGACGCUGCUUGAAUACUUCUUCCAUCGUUUCAUCUUCCACCUCGACAGCUUUCUGCCCGAUCACCCGAUGGCGCUUACUGUCCACUUCACCAUGCACGGGGUGCAUCACUAUUUGCCGAUGGACCGCUUGCGCCUCGUCAUGCCACCAGCGCUGUUCACCGCCCUUUCCUUCCCCUUCACGCGCCUCGCCUACUUCUUAUUCCCCUCCGCCGUCGCGAACGGUGUUAUCGCAGGCGCGUUCACCUUUUACGUCCUGUACGACACGAUGCACUAUGCGCUGCACCACUCGCGCCUGCCUACAUACGUGUUGGAGAUGAAGAAAUACCAUCUGGCGCAUCAUUAUAAGAACUUCGAGCUCGGAUUUGGCGUCACCAGCAAGAUAUGGGACUACGUCUUCGGUACUGUGCUCAAGGUGUGAGCUAUAAAUACGCCACGCACACUGGUGGAUCACAACGGCAAAAGAACAAUUGGCUGGGCUGGUACAGCGCCCAGACACAGGGACUUCAUAAUAUCGUAUGUCUUGUCAUCAGUAGAUCGCGCUCGUUAAAAUUCGUAGUAUACCCCAACAUGUUCCCUAUAGUAAUGACACCCCUCAGCGUCAC